CACCGAGUUCUGACGGCCCUGCGGGGCGCAGCGUACUGGACAAGGAGUGAGAACCGAGGGUGCGCCUGCUUCUCAGGGCAGACACCCUGCAGCCCGGCCUCCCGAGAAAACCCCACCUCGGUGCAGCCCCGAUGGCGGUGGCGGCGGCCCUGGCUGGACUCCAGGCAGAAGCCAACUGUCCCGUGUGUCUGGACGGCCUGAGCGACCCCGUCACCAUCGACUGUGGGCACAACUUCUGCCGCCGCUGCAUCCAGCAGUCCUGGGCUCACCUGGAGGACAGGUUCCCUUGCCCCGUGUGCCGCCACCCGUGCCAGGAGCGGCACGUCAGGAGCAACACCCAGCUGGGCAGGAUGAUCGACAUCGCCAGGCAGCUGGGCGGCCGCAGGAGCAAGAGGAGGAGGCGCGAGGAGCCGCGCCUGUGCGAGCGGCACCACCAGGUCCUGGGCCUCUUCUGCGAGGACGACCUGGAGCUGCUGUGUCCCCUGUGCACGCAGCCCCCCGAGCACCAGGGCCACGUGGUGAGGUCCGUGGGCGAGGCCGCCGCUCACCACCGCAAGAGGCUCGGCAGUUACGUGGAGCCCCUGAAGACGCGGGUGGCCGACGCUCAGAGCCUGGUGGCCGCGCAGGACAGGAAGCUGCUGGAGCUGCGGGAGCAGGUGCAGCGCCAGCGGCGGGAGCUGGCCUUGGAGUUCGGGCAGCUGAACCGGGCUGUGGACCGCGAGCAGGAGGCCGUCCUGGAGAGGCUGGUCCAGGAGGAGCGGGACAUCCAGGAGCAGCUGGGCGCCAACGUGGCCGCCUUCUCCGACCACAUUUCCACCCUGAAGGGCCUCCUGCAGGAGGUGGCCGAGCGGAGCGUGCUGCCCGGCGUGAGGCUGCUGAGAGGCAUCGGGGGCGUCCUGCGCAGGUGCGAGGGCCUGCGGUGCCCCGCCGUCUACUCCUUCCAGCUGCGCCGCGAAGGCUGCAGCCUCCCCCCGCAGCACUCGGCUCUGCGCAAAAUCAUCCAGACGUUCCGGGAGGACGUGAGCCUGGACCCCGAGACGGCGCACCCCAGCCUGCUGGUGUCGGAGGACAGGAAGUCCGCGACGUUCCUGGGGAGGAAGCGGAGGGCGCCCCGCGGCGCGCGGAGGCUCAGCGCGGAGCCGGCGGUGCUGGGCACCCAGGGCUUCCACUGUGUUGAUUCCUACUUCAAUAUGACUUCCUCAAAAGAGGACACCAGGGAAGUGUAUGCAUCGAGGAAACACUGUGGGCAGGCACAGAGAGGCCAUGUACAAGACAAGGAGGCCUCCGGAGAAACCAGGCCUGCAGGAGCCUUGAUCUUGGACCUCCAGCACCACAAACUUGCAGCCACAGACAUCUUUCCUGUCACUGAACGUACCGAUCUGAUGACAGUCAAUACUGAAACACAUGGCAGCCUCUCCAAGAAGGGCCAAAAUAAAGAGAGAGCCUGCAGUCUUCCCUAA